GCAAGUUUCUCUUCUCUUCUCUUCUCCAGUUCUUCUCAUUAACCAGGAGACACAGAGGCUGAGGUCCUGCCAUGCUGCUCUGGACCCUGACUGUGGCCCUGCUGCUCUGCAGAGUCAGUCUGAAGACACAGGCAGAUGUUCGUGUUGUUGUCCCGAAGUCCUCAGUCACUGGCCCCUACCAGAACAGCGUGACCCUCCUCUGUAUCUUCUCCAGUAACGGCUCUGUCCCCAUUGGGAAUGUCUCAGUGCGCUGGGAGAAACAACCCAACAUUACUGUAUUUGCCUAUGAGAACGGACAGGAACAGCCUGAUAUUGAGAACCCAGCCUACAGAAAUCGCACCAGCCUCUUCUCUGAUGUAACUGUGGGGGCUGCCUCUAUCGUGCUGGUGGACCUGUCCCUCUGUGAUGCUGGGACAUACACCUGUCGAGUGGGGAGCCCUGACAGUGGCUACGGGGAAGGACAGCUCACCCUCUCUGUGGCUGCAAAGCCACUGAACUGUACCUUCAGUUUCCAAGAUUACAACAGUCUCAGCUAUCUCUCCUCUGGCUGGUUUCCUGCACCGGUGGUGUUCUGGACUGAUGGGGACAACAAAAACAUCACUAACAGCAGCAGCACCAGCUUCACUCACAGAGCUGACGGGCUUUACGACAUCAACUCCACACUUCUCUUGCACAAUGUGUUCAACAUUAUGAGAAUUUAUAUUAAUCACAUCAACCCAUUGACUGGCCAGAAUGAGACGGUGGUAUUUCAGCAGGUCACUGCAGGCCCAGGUGUUGCUGGAGCCGAUGACAAUGAGCCACUGGACGUAAACUACCAGCAUGAGCCAACAGACAGCCCAGGUGCUGCUGGAGCCGAUGACAAAGAGCCACUGAUCAGAGGAAAUCGUCGGCGUGAUUCAAUAGACAAACCCAGAGUAAAUAUGUAAUGAAGAAGAGCUGGAGGACUCAAGAAAGGACAGUGGCUGUGCUUAGAAGAUUAAGACACUGUUUGAGCUGGAUUCUUAAAAAGCUCUGAGGGCAUGGUUGUGUGGUCCUGUAUUUAUUGACAUUUUCAUUCACUUUUUUCAAGUACUUUUUCAUGUUCAUUCCCUUAAUGGCUGCAGUAAUUGUGCUUGCUGUUGUGGAUGUACGACACACUACAGGCAGGGGGGGUCUCUCCUAUGAUUUGUAAUGAAUCUG